AAUACAAAGUAGUCUUGAUGGGACAGCGGCGUGCGCCGCACCGUGAGUCGCUGGUCCGCGCGCGUCAAACCUAUAUCGCCUCGAUACACGCACACCGCGCUCUCGCGACUAGCUCGUGAUAUAUGCCCGCGCGCUAUGUGCCGUCAGUGUGUGUGUGCGCCAAGGGAUUCUAGAUGACUGUGGGAAUAGUGAGUGACAUUCGUGCAGCAAAGAAAUGGAAAAGAUAGAGUUAUUGGGCGGUGCUUGCUUCAGCCAUGGCCCUUACACAUUUUAUAAAGCGGUAAGGAUAGGUAACGGUCGCGUCCUUCGUCUCGGCAGUUUCUUCCUAACGAAACUGUGGAGCGAUGCUGAUCUCGUCAGCAUCGGGGAGCUUCAGCUGCUGUGGAUGGACAGUCGUGGACCGAAUCAGCCUUUGGCGUCUUUACGGCUUUAUUUCUUACCUGAGAACACGCCGGACGGAAGGAGGGAUACGCACGGAGAGGAUGAGGUGCUGACGAUAUCGGAAAAGGUGGUUGUUCGUGUACACGAUCUCGUCACGUGGCUUUCGCCCACAUUGGAAUGGUCAUGGGGUCGAGAGGUGUCCUAUCCAACGACCCCGACGUCGUCUCCGGAGGCCAGCCCGCUGCGAUACGAAAUGCCGCAACCGCAGGUGCUAACGGACCCAGGGAUCGACUUCUCGGACGUCGACAAACAGCAGAAGGAAUACGAGAGCAACCUGAAUUCUUCGAAGAGGUUGGAUUGCUACCAGACGAAGGUGGUGGUGCUCUCGUAUCCCAGGUACUGCCGUUACCGAGCGCUCCUACGUAGACUCGAGGGUGCCGAACCUUCCUGGUUAUGUUCGUCCAUCGCAGCCGCGUUAGGAGGCUUCACCGCGACCCCCGGCACCAGGGUACUCUUCUGCCGAGACACCUUCGACUAUCCCGACCUCGAGACUCACGAACUACUAUGUAAUCAUUUAGCACCAAAAUUAAAGGGCAGACCACGGCGAAAACGUAAAAAGCGUAGCGUUUCGCCGGGCGAAUCUUCGAACGAGAGCGAAGCCUCGGUGGCAUCGACGUCGAGGAGCACACCGGCGAAUACUAGCACUAGCCUAGUUAUACCCACAGUUGGAAGGCCACCCUCUUCCGCGGUACGGCGGAGUGAGAGGAAAACCAGCGCAGAGGAGAAGAAGUUUAUCACCGACGUGCAGAGUUUUAUGAACUCUCGGGGUACGCCGGUCGGAAAGAUGCCACUGCUGGGCUACAGGCAGAUCGAUCUGUUCCUGUUCUACACGAAGGUGCAAAUGCUCGGUGGUUACGAUUCCGUCAGCGCUGGCCGUCUUUGGAAAACUAUCUACGACGACAUUGGCGGCAAUACGGGUUCUACGAGCGCGGCGACUAUUACACGUAGACAUUAUGAAAGAUUGUUAUUACCUUACGAAAGGUAUCAGCGAGGUGAAGAGACAAAAGUAAGACUGAAUCAUGGACGACGUACUAAGAGUAUGAGCGUGUUCGAGGAUUCAGAUAUCAAGGAAGAGCCUAGUGAUUCGUAUCCAUCAGAGACAUCUCCGCCUAUAGAAGCAAUUUCCGCAACUACAAUAUCACCCCUGCAGCCAAUAAUAUCAGCAGCAACGACUCUCCUCUCGAAUGAGAAACCCAAAAUAGAAUCCGGCAAGACGUCUUCGUUGCGUAGCGUACGAGUAAAACCGGAACGUUUAAAAUCCCUGAACACAAUAAUCGCCAAUAGCGCGACACCUUCCAGCCAGCAAGCUAGCCAACUGCCAAGUCCACCGCCAUCCUCCAACACGUCUAUUUCGACUCCGAACUGCACACCCUCCACAACUCCAACGAACGGUACCAGUAAUAAUCAGAGCGUCUUGGAAAGACAGCUCAAUAGUCCUUUGAUAUCCCAACAAGUUCCACCAUCGUGUUCGCCACCGGGCUUGCCUGUGACCAGCGUAGCGACGAAUGCAUCGGCAGUCGUCUCUCUAACACCACCGCCGGAAAAGGAUAUGAAGGAGAUUAAACUGGAUCCCAAGCAAACUACUCUACUAGCGCAGGGAAAAGAGAAUAUACCGCUGUUCGGCGGCGAGAAAUUUGCGGAAAAAACGAUUGUACCGCCGAGAUCGCCCGAGGUGAUCGACCUCGAGAACGAGAGCGAUACGAGUCGGGACAAGAUAAUCAUUCCCAGCUUCAAAAAACGCAAACUCGAGAUUCUCCGCGAAGGCGGUCUCGAGGUCACCGCCGUCGAUCUGGAUGCACGGCCGAGCGUGAUCCAAAGCAGCGUCACUACACCGCUGCAACAGACGCCGCCGCCGCCGGCCAUGAGGUCCAUCGAGGAGAAACAACCGUCGAUCUCACCGUAUCCGAUUCCGGCCACACCCAACUCCAUUCCCAAAUUAAUAUCCGUCACCGUGACGCCCGACAUAGGACAUAUGUUGCCCUCAUCGCAGGAGCAUCAGAAUCAUCAGUCGCGAGUUCCGGUAGGCAAGCAACAACCGGCUCAUCACAAUAAUAAUAAUAACAGCACGAUGAACAACAAUAAUGUAAUAAACAGUCGGGUGAUAAACCUCGGUAAUUCCAACAAUGCUACGCUACUGCAGCUAUAUGCGAACGCGAACGUCGCACCAUCGAUCUCGACGACGAUUCCGCUUGCACAGCAGGCAAAUAAUCGCUUCGUAUCACCAAAUGUUCCGAACGGCAGGUUGUUGCCGCCUAAGGUGACACAGUCGAAAUCGAUAUUUAUGCACAACGAGAGGACAGUUUACGGGAAUCCUAAGGAUAUUCUUAUCUCUCCGAAGCAUCGCUCGUUGCAUCCGCAUCAACAAUCGCAACAACGCUCGCAAUAUUCGCAAAUGAGCAACGACAAUGGACAAGGAGGUGUUCUCGAUCUUACGCAGAAAUCCAAUGAGAAACUGACGUUCCCCAGGCCCAGUCUAGAAAUAGUCAGAGUACCUGUAGUGCCGAGGCCUAAUCCGUUAAAUCUGGAAGUGCGGAAUUUAUCCGCGGCUAAGGACAAACCGACGUUAGACAGAUCUUCCGCCGAUUGCUCGAAACGAGUAUCCUUUCCUCCCUAUCAGAACGUAAUUGACAGUCGAACCAUCGCUUCUAAUAACCUCGAGAUUACUCUCGUAAAUCCCAACAAGCAGAAAAACAAUCAUCAUCCAAGUAUACCGUCUCAUGUCCAGAUACCGAGUCCACCUAAUAAAAGUAAUGCAAUAGGGGCAGUCAAUAGCGCGCAGAGAAGGCAACAACAGCAUCAGGUGAACGGAAAGUAUGCGGCGAGAAACGAGCCGAUUUCACCAUAUACGCCGAGAAAGCCGAGUCAUCCCGUCAUACCUAACGUACCCAACUUAAAUCACCUAAAUCACAGUGGAAAUUCGUUUCCCAGAAUGCAGGCAACGACGAUGCAACAACAACAAAUAAGUAUUGACAGGAGGAAAGCGGCCGCAGAGGCCAGCAGGGAUCAUCAGCAUCGUAGGAUCAGCGAGAGCGAGAAGUCGUCUUUGGUAGCACAACAGCAGCAACAGCAAGAAUCUAGGCAAAGCGAAGCCGGCCGACGACACAGUUUACCCAGCAUACCAUCGGGUUUUGUGCCGGCAGUAUCGCAAAACAAUUCUGCCGCAUUCCCUUUACCACAACUAUCGAACGCGCCCGGCAAAUUCUUACCGAUAUUGGACCCUAUGUACUACUCCGCGUUCUACAACGGCUUGUUCCCGCCACCGAUUCCGCCCACGGCCGCUGCUGCCGCGACGUCGUUUCUACCACCGGAAUUUAGCGCGUAUUACAAAGAAUUACUAGUUUCCUCGCAACCAAGACUGACGGGGAUAACGGGGCAGCCGCCGUAUCAGCAGCCGGCUGCUCCAACGUCUAAAUAGAAAAUGGGAUCUCAACAUGUAGGGUUUCCGGCAUAGCGAAGGAUGCUUGGAUUACUAGAGAAACAUGGAUCCGUCGGACUUGUUUCGGCUCGUGUCGAAACGUAUAUAGCACGCACGAAGCGCGAUUGUAUGGAUAAAAAUGCGGCACAUUGAGAUUAUCUACGUUCAGUUAUGUUGUUUUUAUUCGAUUAAUAAUUGGUAAUUAUUCACAGCAAUGUUAUUCACAGUGUUCGUUUAUGAUAGAAGAAUAGUUCCCCAAUAUCUCGUGCAAAGAUAAAAUAAAAUAUCGGCAAAUUGGUUACGUAAUUGAUUAUGAAUAUUUUUGUAAUAGAUUAUGUAUAUUCAACAAAUUGCAAUAAUGCGUUAGAAUCUUAUUUUGCCUAUUUUAUUGCUCGAAAUUUUGGAGGAUUAUCGAUAUUAAGAAAAAAUACACCCUGUGAUAAAAAUGCGACAAAAAAAGAUUUAAUAUUCAAGAAGACAUUCGAAGGAAAAUUGUUAUUUUUAUAUGUUUAUUUUAUAUAUGUAAAUUGUAUACGCGUGUUUUUCAGUUUCAAUUAUAUUUCAAGGAAAGAAAUCUGAUUUAAAAGCUUGCAUUUUCAGUGUCUCAUGUUAGAGUUUCCAAAUAUUUUUUGUUAUUAGGCUCUCCUCCUAAAAAUUAUCUUUUUCUUUUUUUAAAGCGUACAAAUAAAUGCAUAUGUAUUGUUAUCGUUGAUUUUCAGCUCAUUCAGUUUUUAUUUUUGGUUUUCGUUUCGUAAGGCACAUUAUGAUUUAUUUGGAAUGUACUAUGUGAUAAAGAUUCAAAACACAAAGAAGAAAAGGGUAAAUAUUUGUGACCGGCGGAUCAUCGGAACGAAUAAUUGUUUACUGUGUAAUGGUAAAUCUUAUAUAGUAACGCUCGCGAAAACCCUAUGUAAUGUAUAAGUUAGGCAAUUUUCAUUCUAAUAAAAAAGCACUCGUACAAACAUACAUGCAAACACACACAAUCGCAUACACCGAUCUGUAGUCACUCCUAAUGAUAUAAGCGCACGCAUGCAAUGUUAUAGCAGCGACAUGUAUAUAGUGUAUAUAAUCACGUAAAUCAUUAAGCUAGAUAAAUCCUGCAUUAUCUUUCAAUAUUACGUAAGAAGGUUAAGUUUAGUAAAUGUACAGGCUGUCUUACUCGUGUGGCCAACGAUUGUCGUAUCGCUGUUUCUUUCGAGGAACGAAAACGAUAUUUUGCAGAAUAUUUCCGAUGGUCUCUUUUUUUUUUCAUUCGGAAGAAACAUGUGAAGAUCUUUUAUUUUCUAACACCGUGUGUUGGUGUGCGGAAGAGCACGUAGUACCUUUUCAUUCUAUUUCAUUUUAUUUCGAUAGAAACUAAAGAAAAUUAAAGCAAUUGACUGAUUGUUACGCGGCCGCUGCCGAACGUGUGAUCGGACAUCGCGGGCCACCACAAAAAAAAUACUUUGAAAACAGAUUUAAAAAAAAUUACCAACGGUAUAUCCAUGUUAAAUGUAGACAUAUUGAUAGAAUAUGUUCGUUUUAGGAUACUCUGAUCAAAAGAAAUAAAUAUGAGAAAAUAAUGUUAAAAUAUUCGUAACCCUAAGAUGUACAAGAGGAAGAAAGGUCCAUUCUGGGUCGUUCUCUGGCGAAAAAGAAAAUCAGAUUUCUAUAUUGAUGUCUUUCAAGAAUAUGAGUUGUUCACGUUUUUCGGAUGGUUCUUUCGUGAUAAGAAAGUAGGCGUUCCGGCGCCGAGUGCGAGACCGCGGCUGAUUAAUAACAGCCCCUUCCAGUGGUAUUCAACGAGUCGAGAAACACACAGAAUUAUCGAUUGCAGAGCGCAAGAAUCGGGCACAAGAUGAAGCGAAACUGCUACCACUGUUGUUAUUUUUGUAAGACCGCGGGUAACUUCCGGCGAACCGGGCGCGUCGCGACUCUUCACCGUCGCGUCGCGUCACUUUUCGAAAUGGUGCUAUGCGACGAAAAAUUCUAUUGUAAGUCUUUUCGAAAAUUUUAACGGGCGUUGUUGGGUACCAGUGGAUCUCUGGCGCGAUUGCCCGAAAGAACUACGAUUUUAAGAUAUAAUAGAUCUUCACGUCCAAGUCUGAUAAUCGUAUACAAAAAAAGAAGCUAAAAGAACUCCACGGGUUCUAUCGUAUGUGUAAAAAAAAGAGAAAAAUCGAAUAUAUAUAUACGAGUUAUAUACGUAUAUAUACGAGUUCGUUAUGAUUGCGACUCGGUGUAAUAUCGCGGGGUUUGUACGAGGAAGCAAACGUUGGCGAAAAGGAUAGCAAAACGGAUAUUGUCGAAUAUCCGCAAGGAAAAGGGCUUGUACGAGAAUACGUGCCAUAAAAAACUGAUUAGAUAGCGAUUACGAACAAUGGCGACGGUCAUUUGUAUAUGCUUUUGACGAGCCCUUUAACAGUUAGAGAAACUAAGAAGGUAGACGCGAAUCGAAAAAAUAAAGAAUAAUAUUAAUAAUAAUAAUAAUGU